GCCUGGGCGCAGCGUCUCUGGGGGCACCUGGGGUCAGCCAGGCCAGCCGGCCCUGGCAUUGCAUGGGCUGGGCCUGAGCCCUGGCCAGCCCUGGCAAGGUGCUCCUGGACCAGUCUGCCCCCCGGGAGCCCACCGGGGCACAAGGCUGCUGUGACGCCUGCUGCCCAGGCGGUGCCAGCAGCUGACGCCCAGGUGGGGCUGUCGGGAAGCGGCAGGACUGUGGCCAGCGGGCACGGCCCUGCACCGAGGCCAGGCUGCCUGGGAUGGCUUUGCUAGCAGGCGGCAUGCAGCCGGGGCGCUAGGGGCCGGCUUGGUGCAUUCACCGGCCUCCGCCGGGGCGAAGCGGCGCCAUGGACGCCAACCUGCAGGGGACGUUCCUGCUCAACAGCCCCUCGCUGGCCCCCUUCCCGGAGGCGAAGGCCCCCAUGUGCCAGUACUCGGUGCAGAACUCCUUCUACAAACUCAGCCCGCCAGGACUCAGCGCCCAGCUGGCAGCCGGCACGCCGCACGGCAUCACCGACAUCCUGAGCCGCCCAAACAGCAGCCUGCUCUCUGCCUACCCCCACACGGGCGGCUUUAACAGCCUGGGUUCCCAGCCCGUCUACUACGGACCCCAGGUGGGGCCCUUCUCCAAGGGAGGGAGCGACUAUCCAUCCCGUGGCAGGGACUGCUGGGCAGACACCAGCCAGGACUGGCGAGGAGGCCGACCAUGCGGCAGCACCCCGGCUCACCUGGCCGACAGCAUCCACAAGAAGAAGCACACGCGCCCCACCUUCACUGGCCACCAGAUCUUUGCGCUGGAGAAAACCUUUGAGCAGACCAAGUACCUGGCAGGGCCCGAGCGGGCACGUCUGGCCUAUUCCCUCGGUAUGACCGAGUCGCAGGUGAAGGUGUGGUUCCAGAACCGACGGACCAAAUGGCGGAAGAAGAGUGCGCUGGAGCCCUCGUCCUCCUCGCAGCGGGCGGUGGGCGAGCGGGCCGCCUCUGAGACCGAGGACGACGAAUACAACAAGCCCCUGGACCCUGACUCGGACGACGAGAAGAUCCGCCUGCUGCUGAGGAAGCACCGGGCUGCGUUCUCGGUGCUCAGCCUGGGCACCCACAGUGGCUGAGCCACCGGCCCCCUGCAGUGCCUGGCACUGGCCCCAUGCCCGAGAUGCCUGUGCACCAGCCUGCUCGGAGCCAGAGACACGCAGAGCAGCGCCCGAGCUGGCAGGGGCUGCUCUGAGCGGGAGGGGUCGAGCCGUGAGGUACAGGGUCCUGGAGCAGGGUUGCUGGAGCCUGCCUCCUCCCCGGCUGAGUCGUGAGGGGACAGGAGCAGCCCUGACCCAACAGGAGCUGCUGGUGCAGCCUUGGGCCAUAGAGCCAGGCUGCAAAUGGGAAAGGGGGGCUCUGCCUCUGUUCCUGCCCCAUUCUGGGAGGGUGCUGCCCCCACCCUGGGCAGGAGGAAGCCGGGCUCCACUAUGUCCCAGGCUGUUGGUGUUACAGACCCUGCCGUGCCAUGAGCAGUGAUGAAAUAAAGGUCCCAGCCCCCUCUG